CGCGUCGUGCCCGCAAGGGACAUGGAAUCUCUGUCCGCGCACUCCCCAUACCAGACCCUGCUGCUUCUGUCUCUUCCAUCUGUCCUACGCGACCCUGAUGUCAACCGUUAUUGAACAGAUCGGUCGGUUUUUGUGUGAUUUGUUGUUGUUGUUGUUUUCGAGUUAUGCCCUCUCAGGAUGCUUUACUUUCCCUGGAGGGGAAUGUGGAGGAGAAAGAAAUGAUUGAUGGAUCACAGAUAGCCAGAUGCCAGGAGUUGCUAACAUUCCAGGAUGUGGCCGUGCAUUUCACCAGAGAGGAGUGGGCACAGCUGACCCCUGCUCAGAAGAACCUCUAUCAAGAUGUGAUGCUGGAGAACUAUAGGAAUCUGGUUGCACUGGGGCAUCAGCUUUCUAAACCAGAGGUGAUCACACACUUUGAACAAGAAGAACCAGUGAUGCUAGGAAGCAGCAGCCUGCUGGACGUACUUCCAGAUGGGGAGAAAAGACCUGAAAUGAAAAAGUCAACUCUCUUCCAGAAUGUUUCUGAUGAACAUCAACGUCAUGAGAUUAUAAUGGAAAGACUAACAGGAGACAGUUUCUGGUACUCCAUCUUAGGAGGACUCUGGGAUUUUGACCAUCAGUUAGAGUUUGGCCAAGAAAACCAGCAGAGACAUUUGGAGCAAGUACCUUUCACCCACCAAAAAAUUACACAGAGAAGCAUAGAAUGUAAUAAAUUUGAGGCAAACUAUAGUCUGAACUCAGACUUUACUAUGACUUUACAUCAGAGAAUUCCUUCAAUCAAAAUACCUCUUCAUUGUGACACUCAAGACUUGAUUGAUUAUCAGGGAAGCUACAUAAGAGAGAAUCCCUGUGAAUAUGAGAGCAGAAAAAUCUUCAGUCAACAUACUCUUCUUACUAAUCAUAUUCACACCAGAGAGAAACCCAAUGAAUGUGGAAGGGCCUUCAGCCAUAGCUCAUCUCACACCCAACCUCAGAUAGCCCUCAUGGGAGAGAAACCCUAUAAAUGUGAUGAAUGUGGGAGAAGAUUCAGCCAGAGAAUACAUCUUGUUCAACAUCAGAGAAUCCAUACAGGGGAAAAACCUUUCAUAUGCAAUGAGUGCGGGAAAGCAUUCCGCCAGCAUUCAUCCUUUACUCAGCAUCUGAGGAUUCAUACUGGAGAGAAGCCCUACAAAUGUAACCAGUGUGGUAAAGCCUUCAGCCGCAUCACUUCUCUUUCUGAGCAUCAUAGACUUCACACUGGAGAGAGACCUUAUGAAUGUAGUUUUUGUGGGAAAGCCUUCAGCCAGAGAACACAUCUUAAUCAACAUGAAAGGACACACACAGGAGAGAAGCCCUACAAGUGUAGUGAAUGUGGAAAAGCCUUCAGCCAGAGUGCACACCUUAACCAACAUAAGAAGAUACACACUCGUGACACAUUAUGUGACUAUAAAUAUGAGAAAACAUUAAGGCACAGCCCUUUCUUUAAUGACACAUAACUCAUGGUGAGGGAAACCAUAAACUUCCAGAUGAGGAAAAUUUUAUAUCAAGCUAAUUUUUUCAUUCAUUAUCAAGUUAUAGUGGAUAGAAAGCUUAUCAAUGAGCUUUUAUGGAUUUUGUUUGUUUGAAGUAGGGUCUCAGUGUAGCUCAGGCUGACCUGGAAUUUACUAUUUUGUCUCAGGAUGGCCUUGAACUCACAGUGAUCCUCCUACCCGUACUUCCUGAGUGCUAGGAUUAAAGAUGUGCGCCACCAUGCCUGGCUCUAAGAGUGAGCUUUUAAUGCAUAUGUUAUAUUUCCAGAAGGUGUUAUCAGUAGUGAACGUUAUUGAUUUUACAAGUAAAAUAUAUCAAGUCAUGUUCUAAAUCCAAUGUAAAACUUAAAAGAAGCCAGGUAAGGUAGUGUAUGCCUGUAAUCUUAGCACUUGGGAAGUAAAUGCAGGAGGAUGAGGGACUCAAGACUAUCCUUGGCUAUAUAAUGAGUUCAGUGCCCACUUUUUUUUUGAGACAGUGCUGGUAAUUUGAAUGAAUAUCCUCCAGAGACUCAUGGGUUUUUUGUUUGCUACAGGAGACUGUCUCAAAAAAAAAAAAAAA